AUGGCCGACGACGCGAAGGCCGAGGCGGCGCGGGCGAGGCCGGAGUCCUCGCAGGAGGAGGAGGAGGACUGGAAGGAGGCCGAGGGGGACGUCGCCGAAGUCGACCGCGCCGCCACCAAUGGUACCGGCGAGGGGGACGUGCCCACGGACAGGCCGAUCCGGGUCUACGCCGACGGCAUCUACGACCUCUUCCACUUCGGCCACGCCAAGUCGCUCGAGCAGGCCAAGAAGCUGUUUCCAAACACAUAUCUUCUUGUUGGAUGCUGCAAUGAUGAGUUGACACACAAAUUGAAAGGAAGAACUGUAAUGACUGAGGAUGAGCGAUAUGAGUCACUUCGUCAUUGCAAGUGGGUUGAUGAAGUCAUUCCAGAUGCUCCAUGGGUGGUGACAGAAGAGUUCUUGGAUAAGCAUAACAUUGAUUUUGUUGCUCAUGAUUCUCUGCCGUAUGCUGAUGCUAGUGGAGCUGGUAAAGAUGUUUAUGAACAUGUAAAAAAACUUGGUAAGUUUAAGGAGACUCAGCGCACUGAUGGGAUAUCAACAUCGGAUAUUAUAAUGCAGAUUGUUAAAGAUUAUAAUGAGUAUGUUAUGCGGAAUCUGGCCAGGGGCUACACUAGAAAAGAUCUUGGUGUUAGUUAUGUCAAGGAAAAACGUCUGCGAGUUAACAUGGGACUUAAAAACCUGCGUGACAAAGUGAAACAGCACCAAGAAAAAGUAGGGGAGAAGUGGAACCUGGUUGCAAAGCUGCUCCAGGAAGAGUGGGUGGAAAAUGCAGACCGCUGGGUGGCUGGUUUCUUAGAGAAGUUUGAGGAAGGGUGCCACUCAAUGGGGACAGCCAUCAAGGAGAGGAUCCAGGAGAGGCUCAUCAAGGCACAAUCCAGCGACUUUAGCAGCCUCCUACAGUACGACAGCUACGAUUCUGAUGAAGCCAACGGAGACGACGAGGACGAAGUCUUUGAAGACGUCAAGGAAUAG